CCUUUUCAUUUGCUCAUGCAAAUUGAUUACGUUACGUUUAAGUUCCUAACGAUUCCACUUGGUUCCUUGACAAUUGUCUGCGAGCAGCUUGAAGCCAUGGCAGGUUUAUUCCACCACAAGAGAAUCAGAUGGUCGGGAGUUCUUCAGAUUCUCCUUGGCUUGUUCAUAGUGGCAGUAGGUAUUGCUGAUAGGUUCCAUUUAACUGGAUACACGAGUGGCUUUCCGGCAAGAUAUUGUCUUGCCAUUUGGAUGGGCAUUUGGAUCUUCAUAACUGGAGUGAUCGGUCUAUGUAUUACUUUGCGUGACACAUACAGCCCGAUAAAAAAGUCUGAGGUCAUUGCCUAUUUAGUUUUCAUCAUCAUAUCCAUUAUCUUCGCUAUCGCCCUGAUCGCCUGUUACAGCGUCAGUAUUGGUUUUAUCGCAUACCAGGAAGGCAGCUGCAAAGGUGUCGGCGACCCCGCAACAUGUCCUGUGCAAAGUUCCCAAGGGAUGGUCACCGUGGAGAGAGAAUGUGACAUCCGCAUCAAAUUGGCUGCAAUCAUCUUGUUUCUGAGUGUCCUUGAGAUCCUGGCAGCUCUUUGGGCCAUCUACAGUUGCGUUCCUAAGAAGAAACACACUGAACCAGUAGAACCGGUGCAGCUGCUGCAAGAAGGGGAGCUGUCCUACGCGCACGUGGACCUGAAGCCACGACCAGUGUCAAUCAUUUUGUUGUCAAACCAGGAACCGGCUGAAGCUCCUUCUUCGAAUAUCUGAAGAACACUCUGUGUGUAAUUUAUCUUACAUUUGUUAUUGUUAUUAAAAUGACAGGAAAAGAGACACCUUUCGAGUUACAAAUAGCGCAGCGAGCUGAUUCUAAAAAUAGCUUAAAGAUUCGGACAAACAUUGCAUUCUGUUUAACCGCUACGAGGAUUAUACGAACCGAUUUUAUGAUUUUUACUUAAAGUUACAAUAAUAACCCAUGUAAACUAAGA